GUUCGUGUUCGAGCGCAUUUUGUUCUGCGACCGGCCGCCAUAAUCAAACAAAAAGAUUGAAAUGAAAAGUUAAUUUAAAUUUCAUUGCUUAUUGGUGAAAGUGAUAUAAUAACUACUAAAUGAGUUCUAAAUCUGAUGUAAAUAGAAGAGUACUCGCCAUACAGGCGAAGAAAAAAAGACACAAAGUUGGUAAAAAGAAAAAUCGCGAGGAAGAACACGGGGCUAUUGGCCAAGGAAACGGUCUGCGUAACCAGAACCAGAAUCGUCUAGAACCAACGCAUAGUUCUUCCAACGAAACAAUUGAGGAAGACGAAGAUGAGCAAUACACCAGCGACGACGAGGAGCAGGAGGAUAGUGCGGAUUACUGCAAGGGUGGAUAUCAUCCUGUCAAGAUUGGAGAUUUAUUCCUGAAUCGUUACCACGUCACUCGGAAGCUAGGCUGGGGUCAUUUUUCUACCGUGUGGUUAUGCUGGGACCUCGUCGACAAACGAUUCGUUGCGUUAAAAGUAGUGAAAUCUGCACCUCAUUUUACGGAGACGGCUUUGGACGAAAUUAAAAUAUUGAGAGCAGUGAGAGACAGCGAUCCCACCGAUCCUAAGAGAAACAAAACCGUACAACUACUUAAUGACUUUAAAAUAACUGGUGUAAAUGGCACUCAUGUGUGCAUGGUGUUUGAGGUUCUAGGACACCACCUUUUGAAAUUGAUACUCAGAUCUAAUUACCGAGGGAUUCCUCGAGAGAAUGUUAAGACGAUAAUUCGUCAGGUUUUAGAAGGCUUGGAUUACCUUCACACUAAAUGUAAAAUUAUUCAUACUGACAUUAAACCUGAAAAUGUCCUUAUCUGUGUAGAUGAGACAUAUAUACGUAAACUUGCCGCCGAAGCGACAGAAUUACAUUCCUUGGGGCUAAGGUUGCCUCAUUCCCUCAUUAGUACUGCUCCAAAAGAAUUUCAAGAACAAGUGGUUACAGGUAAAAUGAGCAGAAACAAGAAGAAAAAGUUGAAAAAGAAAGCUAAGCGUCAAUCAAUGUUGUUAAAGAAACAAAUGGAACAAAUAGAAGAAAUGGAAGAACAAAAAAAGGAUCCACACAAUAGUGAAUCUGCUCCUAUGUCUCAAGAUAAUGAUGAUUCACCUCAGACACCAGAGGAAGCAAGUGUCAUUGAUAUAACACAGUCUGAAAAUGAUACAGCAGUAAAUGGGUGUAAUGAUGUCCAAGCUAAUGAAGAAGAAACAUAUAACAUUGAUGGUAUACAAUUGCGAAACAAACAGUAUGGGUGUGGUGAUGAUGCUAGCACUCCAAUGUCCGAAGGAGAGAUGACUGAUACACCUCCUUCAUUUAAUUCACUUUCUACAAAUCGUAAAUCUUUAGACAAAAAGCCUGAUCCUACUUUUGAAGUCUGUGACAUUGAAGUAAAGAUUGCGGAUCUAGGUAAUGCAUGUUGGGUACAUCGUCACUUUACUGAAGACAUACAGACUAGGCAGUAUCGUUCCUUAGAAGUGCUCCUAAGUGCUGGGUAUGGAACGUCAGCAGAUAUAUGGAGCACAGCCUGUAUGGCAUUUGAAUUAGCCACUGGAGAUUAUUUGUUUGAGCCUCACUCAGGUGAUGGCUACAGUAGAGAUGAGGAUCACCUUGCUCAUAUUAUUGAACUACUUGGAGAUAUUCCCAAAAGAAUUGCAGCUUCAGGAAAAUAUUCCAAAGUAUUUUUCAAUAAAAAAGGUGAAUUGCGAAAUAUAACAGGUUUAAAACCUUGGGGCUUAGUCUCUGUUCUGACAGAAAAAUAUGAAUGGAGUGAAAAUGAUGCAGAAGAGUUUGCCGAUUUUUUAAAACCUAUGUUGGAUUUUGAUCCAAAUCGGCGUGCCACUGCUUAUGAGUGCCUUCAGCACCCAUGGUUAAAAUCGUCCAAACCAGAAAAGGAGUCUGAGGACUAACAAAUGCUCUCUGAACCAGUCUUAACAUUUUUUAAAUUGGUAGUGUCUACAUAAAGUAAUGGGUCUUUCACUUUUAUAAAUCUUUAUUUAUAGAUUUGUUUGUGAAUAACUUAAUUUUAUCUACUUUAUUUUGUAGUUAUUCUGAUUUUCACAGAAUUUGUAAUUGUGUGCGACUAAUACUAAUAUUUAUUUAUCAGGCCUGCUAAUAAAUCAAGUAGCGAAGUAUAUAAUACACCCGCUGCUCAAAAUUGUAACAUCAUAAUGAUAUUUGUAUGAUUUCGAUGUAAUUGUAGCAAUUGGAAUUUUAUUAGAAAUCUUAAAUUGCCCAACUGUACAGAAGAUAGCUUUAGGAAAAAUUGUGAUGUAUGACAUGUAGACAAUAUAGGUUUUGUCACAUAAUAAUAAUUAAUCUACUAGGAAUUUAUUAGUUGACGUGAUGACAUUGUUCUGCACCUAUGUAAUAAAAUAAGUGGCGAAACUUCUGUAACAAAGUCAUGCAUGCAUUGUAGACAUUCAAAAAGUAGUAGUAUAUUUGAAUAGUUAAGUUGUGUUUUAUCAUUAUCACAAUAAAAAUCUCAUAAUGUAAAGAUUAGGAUUAAGACAGUAUUUGUCAUACCACACCUCUGAGACUGCCUUUUAUAAUACAAUGAGUCAUAGAAAUUGAGCAAUGGAGUUACAUUUGGAGGUGGUUUACAGCAGUGACCUUUGUCUGAGCCAGCUCAUAGUUAAAUUUAUUAUAGAUCCCGAUAUACAUUACCAUGAUUUGUAUUAUUAUAUCAGCAAAUUUACAUGAAUAAAACGUGAAACUGA